AUGGAUGGAACUUUUCUAGAGGAUGAGAAUUUGAUGGGCAGUGGUGGCCUUCUCUGGGGUCAUCGUGGUAACUGGGUCAAGGGAUUCAUGAGUCACACACCAGGAGGAAAUCCAUUUGCUUCUGAAGCUAGAGCUCUCCGUGAUGGUAUGCGCUUUGCCUGGGAUCAUGGUACCAGAAAUCUUCUCUGUGAGUCUGACUACAAAGGUCUCAUUGACAUAAUUAAUAGUGGCAGCUGGCGUAAUCACUCCUCCAACAUUGAGCUUCUACAAGAGGUUCAAAACUUGUUGGACCUAAGGUGGCAAGUGUUUCUCAGCUGGGUUCCCAAAGAGAAUAACAAGGAUGCGGAUUGGAUGGCGAGGGAUAGCUAUUCUGGACCACCGGUAGUGUUAACCACAAUAAACUCGCCUACACCCGAGCUGUAA